UGUAAUCCUGUCGUCUGUCAUUACAGCCAUUUCAGAGAUUAGGUUUUGGAAGACCAAAAAUCUCCGCGUUAUUCCGCAGAAGAAUCCUCUCAAUUUUCUUCAUUAAGGCCGGGCAGAGAAAGUUAAUUUGCUGAGUAUUUCAGGAAUUUGGCUCACCAAUGGAAACGAAGGGUCGUGUAAGUUGGGAUGAAGCUAAUCUGGUGGAAAUUGAGGCAAACAAACCAGUCAGGCAGAAAAUAACUGAGCCUAAGACACCUUAUCACCCAAUGAUCGAAGAUGAUGGAUCGUUGUCUCCUGUGCGGCAUAGCUUUGACGAUUGCCCUGAUAACGGAAUUCAUGCUGAAGCGAUACGGAGUGCAUUGAAUGAUGUCGCAUCUUCUAGUAAAGAUAAAUUACGACCCAUUGGGUGGCCAGAAUCUGACGAUGAGGCAGCUGAAAUGGAUGAAGAUGAUGAAGGUUCUGAUUGGGAAAGAGGCAAGGUCUUUAGGGAACAGAGGCGAGUCCACUAUGAUGAAUAUUUACGAGUCAAAGAACUCCUUGGGAAGGGCUCCUAUAUGGAAGAUGAAUCUGAUGAAGAGAACAACGGCGUGGAGAAGCAGGGUGGUAGGCACCAUUCUUCGUCAUCUUCAUCCUUAACAGCUGGUAUUAAGGACAUAGAGAUCAAGGAAGGUGGGCCUGGCAUUUCUAAACGGUCUGCUGCACCCAACUAAUGGAGCCUAGAAGCUGACCCAAAAUAACUUCUCACUGUUAUAGUGCCAUUUUCAUUACUGAUGUCAUUACAGUGCUUUGGACACCCCAUUUGUGUGUUAUCCAUGUUCAAUUGUGAUAGUAGAAUGUAAAUAGACACUUUGCAAUGUGAAAAAAGAUUCUGGUUAUCUCCCCAUCCUCCAUUAGAUUUUAGUGUCAAUGUUUUGCACUUAAAGUGGGAGGAGCACACUUUGAAAUCAUUAUGGAAGGUUGUAUUAUUCUGGAUUUUUUUUUUC